UAAAAUUGUUAGACACACUCUUGAAAAUAUAUAAACAGUUCUUCGUUUUUUGUUCAUUCCAGAAUCUAUAGAUCUCAGAUUUCCAGGAUGGCGACGAGUUCCAAGGAUAUGGACCAGAGCACAAACUGGUACUCUAGCAUCUACAACUCCAUUAAACAGACGCCCCUCAAUGUUACCCUUGCGAUUAUAUCGACCAUCGUCUUCUACAAGGUCGUCAGACUUACCAGGAGGUGUCGUCGUAAUCGUGGGAAUACAGAGGACAAGGAACUAGAUCCCAUUGAUUUGGUGAAGGAUACAAAGCUUCCAGCUCUACGGAAGGACUUUACGGUCACCGAACUUCGCGAGUACGACGGAACCCGCGAGGAUGGUCGCAUUCUGGUGGCCAUCAACUUUCAUAUCUACGAUGUUUCGCGAUCUGUGCACUAUUAUGGAAGAGAUGGCGUUUAUCCGAACUAUGCCGGACGGGAUAUUUCCCGAAACUUGAUCAAUUUUUCGGUGGAUUUCAGCCAGAGCGAGGCAUUCGAUGAUCUGAGUGACCUCUCGAUCAGCCAAAUGAAUACCUUGCGGGAGUGGGAUCAGCAGUACAGUGAGAAAUACCCUUUGGUUGGAAGACUUUUGAGCCCAGGAGAGCUUGCCAUUAACUAUAACGACGAGGAAGAUGUGGAGUCGGAGCCAGAGGAUCAGCAAGUGCAUGAAUAAAAAUGUCUUGCGUUUCAAUUGUGUGAAAUUA